GCUGUCAAAAAGUGUGCGAAUGCGAAGUUUGCGUGUGCUGGUCACCAAUUUUACGAAUAUUCAAGAAUUUAUUUCAAAAAUUGUACCUAAUUUCGAUUUUUUUUGAACCUUUUUAAGCAUUAGAAACUUUCAAAAUGAAACAAACGAUCGGGAACUCUGAUGUGGCAAACUACUUCAUACGGAUCCUGCAGGAGGACGACAGUCUGUCGUCCGGAAUAGCGGCCAUAAAGACCCUACUGUGGGUUUUGCAGGAAACCGAAUUUGACACCGUUCAGGAGCUGCACUCGACCAUCCAGGCGGCGGUCCAAUCGAUGCGCGAAACCGACAAACCGAUGACGUCUGUGGUGUCCGGCAGCGAACUGUUUCUGCGCUUCAUCACGCUGGCCAAGUUUGACGACAAAACCAUCCAGGAGGUUCGGGAGAUCAUGCUGGGCCGAGGCAAAAGCUUCCUGGCCAAACUGCUGGAAAGUCGCAAAGUGGUCGCCAAGCAGGCGACCAGUUUCAUCAGCGAUGGCAGCCGGAUCCUGACGCACGCCCGGUCCCGAACCGUACGCGAUACACUCAUACGGGCGGCCAAGAUGAAUAAACGGUUCCAGGUGUUCGUCACGCAGAGCUUCCCCGAUAAGCAAGGGGAGCAAAUGCUAGCGGAACUGGAAGCGGAAGGAAUCGAAUGCACGCUGAUUCUGGACUCGGCCGUGGGAUACGUGAUGGAAACGGUCGAUAUGGUGUUCGUGGGCGCCGAAGGCGUCGUGGAAAGUGGCGGGAUCAUUAACCGCGUGGGAACCUUUACGAUGGCCAUGUGCGCCCGCGAAAUGAAGAAACCGGUCUAUGUGCUGGUGGAGAGUUUCAAAUUUAGUCGGCUGUACCCACUCAAUCAGCGGGAUUUGCCAAACGAUUACAAGUAUUCCAAACCAAGUCUAAGUGACAUCUCGAAGGCCCAUCCAUUGGUAGACUACACACCCCCAGUUUACAUAACGUUGUUAUUUACCGAUCUUGGCAUUCUGACACCUUCGGCGGUGAGUGACGAACUGAUCAAACUGUAUCUAUAAAGAGUCUUGGUUUAACUGGA